AAGUAUAAAUUUUAUAAAUAGAGUUUAAUUGUAUAUUAUAACUUUCAAUAUUCUAUUUCAUUCAUUCAUUCAUUCAUUAAAUAUCAUGUCAAAGGAUAGAACAAUAGCUAUACCUGUUCAUCGAGAUACUAGAACAUUUGAACAAUAUAGAAAAGAUUUUUUAAAAGAUGUAGAAAAUUUUCCAAAUUAUAAUAAUAGUAUAUUACCAUAUCAUGAUAAUUGGUUUAAUGAAGUGGAUGAUUGGAUUAAAUCAUCAUGGAAAAGAUGGGAUGAUGAAAUGAAACGUAUUAGAAAUGGAAUGUUUCAAUUAAUGCCUUUGGAUAAUUUUGGUUUAAGUAAUUGGGAUGCAUUCGACACUUCAUUUGAUCCAAAUAAUUUAAUAAGACAAAUGGAACAACGUAUUCAAAACAUUCGUCGGGAAAUGGGUAUAACCGAUGCACCAUUUACUGGGUCAUUAAAUGAUUUCUUAAAAGAUGCAUAUGAAGUCGGUAAAGAUGGAAAGAUGCAUUUCAAGGUUAGAUUUAAUGUCAAAGGUUUUUCACCAGAGGAUAUUAAUGUAAGCACCACAGAUAAUCGCGUGAUUGUCAGCGCUAAAAAAGUGACUGAAACUGAUACUUCAAAGAGUUCACGUCAAUUCUGCCGUAUGAUUGAUUUACCACAAUCAAUCGAACAAACAAAAUUAGAAUGUAAUUUGACAAAUGAUGGAGUCUUAAUAUUAGAAGCUCCAGUAAAACCAAAUAAUCAUAAAUCAGUGACAUUUAAUAAUGAACGUCAAAUUGCUAUUCGACCUACACAUACUGGAAAUGUAACACCAUCUAAAGAUCUAGUUGUGAAAGGUACUAAUGGCUUAACCAUUAUUGAUGAAGGUUUCAAAGGCAAACGACUCCAUAUUGAAAUACCAAUUGACCCAAUGUAUAAAUCUGAAGACUUAUGCGUUCAUGUUGAUUCCAAUCGUGUAGUGGUAUCUGGUCGAUGUUCAAAAAGUGACAGUCGUUGGACAAAAAAUACACCAUGUGCUGAAUUUUCACAUUCUUAUGAUAUCCCACAUAGAGUUGAUCCAUUGUCUGUAACUUCACAAAUGGUGGGUAACACAUUGGUCGUUGAAGCUCCAUUACUGAAAUCCUACUAAUAUUUCACAAAUGACGUAUCGAAUGUGAAAGUCAAUAUGAAAUCUUAACACUUUUUCAAAAAUACAGAAAUGUUUAUAGUUCACAAAGUUACACUUACCAUUAUACACAUUUUUUUAAUUGUUGUAACUGUUUAAAUGAGUUCUUGUUUAUUGGGAAUAUUGAACUAUAAUCGUUUUGUUAUAAUUUUUUAUAGAGGCAAUUGUGAGUAACAACAAACAAAUAGAUUAUUAUUUUGUGAGUUUGAUGCUUUUAUAUGAUUACAAAUUUAAUGGAUCUGUUUUUAACUAAAUCAACAUAACUAUUCAUAUUCGACAUUCAUGUAUUAUUAAAAAAUAAACUUUUUAAUCCAUUUUAGUCAGUAAGAGGAACAUACAAAAGAAAAAUAAUGUAUUACU